AUGAAUACGAGUGGCUUCAGCGUGACUAGUUACCUCCAAGCCAUACCCAACAGCUACUUACCUUGCAAUAUCGGCUUCGGAGUCCAAACCCAGGCCGAUUUCGAUACUGGUAACGCGCCUACACUCUGGGAAUCGCACAUUUCCAUCUUCCAGGGUUAUUAUAUCCUUACGAUUGGGAGCUGUCCACUCGAGGGUGAAAUCAACGACGUAUGGGAUUCAAAUACUUCCACAGAGGGGGCAAGAAAUUAUCAGUCAGUCGCCAGCUUGAACAGAGUCUCGUUUGAUAGCACGCCGAUGAUGGCACAGGUGCAGUUCGACCCGAGCAGGGCAUACGAACUCCUUGAAAGCCAUUUCCAGGCAUGUGUCCAGCCAAACAUUUUCCCGCUUCUCAAACACGAUAAGGAUAAUUCAUUCAAGUUUGAUCUGGACUCAUCAGCUUUCUACUCAAACAGAGCUUACCUACAUAGCUGUUUGGUUGUGGCCGCUCAGCACCUUAAAUCGUCAUGCGGUCAUGCUCCCAUUGGCAUUUGGGACGACGAAAUCACGAGACAUCGUUGCGGCGCAGCUACAGCACUCAAUAACGCAUUUAAAGAAAACGAGAGCCAACAGCAAAUUCUUGAAGCGACACUAGGGAUCAUCUCUCUAGAAACCGCUGUCGGCACAUGCGACAAUCUACUGGGCUUUUCAUGGGACCUACAUUUCGAAGCCGCCACUCAAUUGCUACGGAGGCUAAGUCCAGGCGCCAAUCCACUCGAAUCUUCCAUGGUUUACCCACAGAUCCCAUUUCAUAAAGCAAUCUAUGCAUGGGUUGACAUACUGGGUGCCACAAUCAAGGGCCGGUCACCAAAGUACGCCCACAUAUACGAGGAGAAACGCAUCUCCCAGCUUAGCCCGGGCCUUGGCCUAUGCGAAUUGAUGGGCUGCGACGACAGGGUCAUGUGCCUCAUCUCUAGUAUCGCUCGUCUGGAGUUUCAGAAGAACGGCGGCAUGAAAUUUGGCCCUCUCUUAGAGUCGGUUGCUGAACUUGACAAGCACAUCGGCAAGUCUAAGUGUGAAAAUUUCGAAGCGCAGAUGCCCUUCGAAACCACAUGCCAAAUCUUGAUUCCACAACUUCGCAAAAACAUAACCAUGGCUUUCCUCAUCGCUGCACGCAUCUACCUCUAUAGUCUGCUUCCAGGAUUCCAUCCCACACAAUCCCAUAUUGUGAAGCUGGUCGAUCGAUUAACGACGGUUCUUCAGCGCAUUCCUACGGGCAACGACGGGUUCGAUCACAGUAUAACAUGGGUCUACCUCAUUGGUGGCUCAGUCGCCAUUGCCAAGAGCCCGUUCCGGUCUCUACUCGAGGGCCGAAUAUCCGCUCUACGCCUUAUAGGUAGAUUUGGCAAAAUGGAGCGACUCCGCAUUCUCUUGUCCGAGGUAUGGGCCGAGAAUGAUAAGGCGGAGUGCCAAUAUUUCUCCUGGCGCGACGUUAUGACAAGAGAAAGAUGGGAGCUUUUGUUGAUCUAG